UCUCCGCAGAACUGUGGGCUUCGUAAGCCAAAUUGGACUCUGGUUUUAGGCUUUAGAAGCGUCCUUCCCUUUACCCUCAAUCGAUCUCUUCUAUCUUUCAACGCGCGGAACUCUCCUCCUCUCUCUCCCUUGUCUUGCUUACUUCCACUUCCUAUAAGGUCUUAGGCGGCUGCUCUUCCUGCAUUCCUAUCUCCACCUUUCCACAGAUCAUUUAACUGGUCGCGGUUAUGGAGAUUACGCAGCUGUCUUUUGCAGCUGAUACGCCUCCUCUCCCUGUUAUUGCUGCCGCUAAGGUUGCUUCCGUCCAUCUUCCCUCGCCUACUCUUGUCAACGAUGUUUCCCUGCCUACUGUUGUCUUCUCCGAUGGGACGAAAUUGCAAGGUAUAUUUGUACUUCUUAGGUAUAUUGGUCGGGUUGCCAAGCUUCCCAAUUUUUAUGGACAGAAUGCGUACUUUUCUGGACAGAUUGACGAGUGGCUAGACUAUUCUCCUAUUCUUUCAUCCGGGUCUGAAUUCGAGAAUGCGUGCGGCCAUAUUGACAAUUAUUUGGCAAAGCGUACAUUUUUGGUUGGACAUUCUUUAUCUAUUGCGGACAUUGCUAUCUGGUCAGGUCUAGCAGGAACUGGGCAGAGAUGGGAGAGUUUGAGGAAGUCAAAGAAAUAUCCAAAUCUUGUGCGUUGGUUCAACUCAAUAUCUGUUGAAUAUAGCGAUGCCUUGAAUGAAGUUACAUCAACAUAUGUUGGCAAAAGAGGUUUGGGAAAGCCUGCUACAGCUAAAUUGAAAGAACAGCAGGUUGUCAAUGGAGAUAUUUCUGAAAAAGGAAAAGCAGGCAGCAGAACAUCUGAAGUUGAUCUUCCAGAUGCUGAAAUUGGGAAGGUGCGCCUCCGGUUUGCUCCAGAGCCCAGUGGUUAUCUUCAUAUUGGUCAUGCAAAAGCAGGAUUAUUGAACCAGUAUUUUGCUCAGAGGUACAAAGGUGAGUUGAUUGUUCGCUUUGAUGAUACAAAUCCAUCAAAAGAAAGCAGUGAAUUUGUGGAUAAUCUUCUGAAAGAUAUUGAGACAUUGGGCAUCACAUAUGUAAAAGUUACACAUACAUCAGAUUACUUUGAUAAGUUGAUGGAAAAGGCUGAAGAGUUGAUCAGGCAAGGUAAAGCUUAUGUUGACGAUACACCACGUGAGCAAAUGCAGAAAGAAAGAAUGGAUGGUAUUGAAUCAAAGUGUAGGAACAAUAGUGUGGAGGAGAAUCUGAAAUUGUGGAAGGAAAUGAUUGCAGGAUCAGAAAGAGGUUUGCAGUGCUGUCUUCGUGGGAAGUUAGACAUGCAAGACCCGAACAAAUCUCUUCGAGAUCCAGUGUAUUACCGUUGCAAUCCUGUUCCUCACCAUAGAAUUGGGUCCAAGUAUAAUAUAUAUCCAACAUAUGAUUUUGCCUGUCCCUAUGUUGAUGCUAUAGAAGGCAUAAGUCAUGCACUUCGAUCAAGUGAGUACCAUGAUCGAAAUGCUCAGUAUUACAGGAUCCAAGAGGAUUUGGGAGUUAGAAAGGUUCACAUUUAUGAGUUUAGCCGGUUGAAUAUGGUCUAUACACUUCUCAGUAAGCGUAAUCUUCGAUGGUUUGUUGAAAAUGGAAAGGUUGAUGGAUGGGAUGAUCCUCGAUUUCCAACUGUCCAAGGAAUUGUGCGUAGAGGUCUGAAAGUUGAGGCAUUAGUACAAUUUAUUCUUGAGCAGGGGGCAUCAAAGAAUCUCAACCUCAUGGAAUGGGACAAGCUUUGGACAAUCAAUAAGAAAAUCAUAGACCCUGUGUGUCCUAGACACACUGCGGUUAUUGAAGAAAGACGUGUAUUGCUAACCUUGACUAAUGGUCCUGAGACUCCAUUUGUUCGCAUCAUUCCGAGACACAAGAAAUACGAGGGUGCUGGAGAGAAGGCCACAACGUACACAAAGAGGAUAUGGAUGGACUAUGAUGAUGCAGCUUCUAUCUCAGAGAAUGAGGAAGUAACCUUGAUGGAUUGGGGGAAUGCCAUAAUAAAGGAAAUUGUGAAGGACGAGAGUGGAAAAGUUACAGAAUUGAUUGGGUUUUUGCAUCUUGAAGGAUCUGUUAAGAGCACAAAGUUGAAGCUUACCUGGCUGCCUGAAAUAACUGAAUUAGUUAACAUUUUACUGGUGGAGUUUGACUAUCUAAUAACAAAGAAAAAGUUGGAAGAAGGAGAGAAUUUCCUUGAUGUGCUUAACCCAUUGACCAAGAGGGAGAUUGAAGCAAUAGGGGAUUCAAACAUGCGAAAUUUAAAGCGUGGAGAGAUCCUGCAGCUGGAGAGGAAGGGCUACUUUAGAUGUGAUGUUCCUUUUGUGAGACCUUCAAAGCCCAUAGUUCUAUUUGCAAUUCCAGAUGGCAGGCAGGCAACCUCAUCAAAGUAGACGAUCACAUCUAACUAGACUAUUUUCAGGUUUUAGAAUUUCAUCUCCGUGUUUUUUUAAUUAUUAUUAUUAUUAUUAUUAUUAUUAUUACAUGGGAUGAGAAUUGGUGUUUGAAUGUUCUCCCUCUAAUGUGCAGACAUGCAAAAUCUUAUGAAACUUUUGCUUGACACUCCCUUUACUUGCUAAUUCAAAUUAUGAAUUAAGCUAUGAAUGAAACAUUUAUUUCCCUCUGUUAUCUGAAUAA